AGUUAGUGGAACCGAAAAAGAUGUCUCCCACACAGCGUUUGUGACAAAAGAAUUGCAUUGUUCCUUGGCGGCCUUUCAACAGAAGAAUAUUCAGAGAUUUCCCGAGUGUACCACGCUGAGUAUUGUUAUCCCGAUAGUUCUUUCGUAUCAGUCCGUGUGUAUUCCUGGGCGAAUGUGCUCGUGUGGUCUCAGGAGUUGCGGAGGUCACGGCUCUGGGACAGCCGUUUCAUCGCCCUAUGCUGCAGAACCUGCCCCGGAAGAGAGAGCCCAGAGAAUUGCCAAAGCUGUCCGCAAACAGUCAAUAGAAGUGAAGGAAAAUUGGGAACAAGUGAAAAUCCGUGCGAGCAACUGGCAGAAACAGGUGGAAAAGGCGUUGGAGAAACUUCAAGAACUGCAGAAAGUUCUGGAUGAUCUUGAGGCUCAUGUGAUAACAGCUGAGGGGGUCCACACUGAUCGGCAACCUGUGAGUGACCUGCUUAUUGACUCAUUGCAGGAUCACUUUGAUAAAACCACAGGUAAGGACUAUCUUCAAAAUCUGAGAUUGGGUUUUGAAAGACAGCAGCCUUUGUUUUGGAGAGAUAAUGGGAACUGCAGAUGCUGGAGAAUGCGAGAUAACAACGUGUGGAGCUGGAUGAAGACAGCAGGCCAAGCAGCAUCUUAGGAGCACAAAAGCUGACGUUUCGGGCCGAGAACCACCUUCAGAAAAUGGGGAGGGGGUGCGGGUUCUGAAAUAAAUAGGGAGAGAGGGGGAGGCGGAUGGAAGAUGGAUGGAGGAGAAGAUAGGUGGAGAGGAGAGUAUGGGUAC